AUGUUCAACCCUAUCCGCGCCGCGCUUUAUGCGCUAUUGUGGUACGAACAGGGAGCGCUGAACGCGAUACUAGACCCAAUCAUCGUGGAAUUACUGGUUACAUCUAUCCUGGCCUUGUUGAUUUCCGCUUGGUUCUUGGCUUCUAUUCUUGGGAAACUUCGUAACCCUCUCUCCAAAUACAUAUCCGAACAUAUGUCCUUAUUUGUUAUAUGGGUCAUGUUCCUCGUCGGGGCCGCUAUAAUGACACACAAAUGGCUUCACCUGAAGCACUGCCGAGGCCAUUACAAAGUCUGUCGCAUUCUGGAAACAAUCAAGGCAUUUUCGUGGAUGUGUUUCAUUCUGAGUACCUUCCUUAUCCUGGCUAGUCUCCUCAGCAUGUUGACCCGCAAACGUACACUCUCCGACCCGGUUUACGGGGGGAAUGAGUAUGGUACAUAUCCUGAGACUCGUCAGGCCCGUUCGGUGGGAGCCACGACCGGGGGAGGAACCACCACCACUGCGUACAACAAUGUUCAGCCCACCGCACACAAUGUUGGAUCUACUCCUGUCGCUGCUGGAACUACCGGGGUUGCAGGAAACACUGUACAGACGGCGGCUCUCCCAGCACACACCACUACCGUUCCUGCACACCCCACGACCGUCCCAGGACACCCCGUCCCAGCACAUGCCACUGCCAUCCAAGGACAUUCGGUACAAGGGCCGGCCAUUGUCCACACACACGAAGUUUAG